UGUCCCUUUAUCGGCAUGUGUCACCGUCAGCGUGUGGCGGUACAUCCUCGUCCUCGAGACUGACAUGACUUGAAUGCAGCAUUUCUUCGAGCUUCUCCAGCAGACAAGCCAAUAAUGAUGCUCCUCAGCUUGAAGACCUUCUGGUUUUUGCUGUGGGGACUUGUCUCAGUGCAGUCUCAGAGUGCAUUGACAACCUCGGACAUGGAAAAACUACAUGUUCCUAACCAGGAAGCUUCAACGCUACCCGGAGACCUCUCUGCAGACGAUGAGCACUCCACGACGAGAGCUGAUGGUUUGGUGGUUAUGCCUACACUCAAAAUGGUGGCCAGGAUGCCUCCUACUUUCAGCGACUCUCCAGAACCCGCUGGUAGAACAUCCCAUGAUGGGACUACCGAAGGGACAAAACCUACAGAAGGUCAGCAAACAUUUAGAUCUUCUCCAGCAACAUUGCCCAUCAGUGAGUUGGAAAGAAAUUCUAGUCCAGUCUUCAUCCAAAACCACAGCGGUCCUGGAACAACUGGAAGAACACCUACUGAUCUGAUCUCCACGCCACAGCCUCCUGAACCAUUAAUGUCAAUCUCCAUCUCUUCACGCUCACCACAAAACCUAAGCAGUCCUUCAGUUUUUGAGACAACUGGAAGAACAUUGACUGCCACAGGAAGCCUCAUCGCCACGCCAGAUCCUCCUGAACCGUCAACGUCCGUCUCCAUCACGUCAGGUCCAUCCCAAAACCUCAGUAGUCCUGCAAGUUUUGGAACAACUGGAAUAACCUCUCCUGAUCCAUCAGUCUUCAGCUCCCACUCUUCAGGCUCAUCUGAAAACCUCAGCAGAACAACUGCAAGGACAUCGAUUUCCACAAGAAGCCUGAUCUCCACACCGGAUCCUCCUGAACCAUCAACAUCCAGCUCCAUCACAGAGUCAUCUGCUUCAAGCCCAUCAAAUAGUGGACUGACCUCCGGACCUCAGCCUCCAGAACCACCUAGGUCCCUCAGUUACUCGUCUUCCACCAGAAUCCCAGCAACCACAAGAUCUCCACCAUCUACCCCAGCACCUUGCGUCCCCCUCAAACCCAGUGUGGAGGACCAGCCCUGCUCAACUCGCAGUGUGGUCAAACCCUGCCUCAUCUCCAUCGGCUUUCUAGCAGCGCUAGCCACCAUCUUCAUGGUGUCCACCAUCGUCCUCUGCACCAAGCUGUCCACCAGGACGUACCAGGUGAAAAGAGCCAAAGAAGAAGAGACGGAGAUGAUGUUCAUGUCUGCGCUUCUGCCCGAAAGGAACUACGCGAGCGUGCGGCAGCGCAGCCCGGCGGUGACUAACGGGGUCCUCGUCAUCCACAGUUUGGGGGACAGCGAUGAGGACGUUAGCGAUAAUCUCACACUCAGCAGCUUCCUGCCAGAAAGUGACCGCUUUGUGUAGCAGGACCUCAGACAGAGACCUCUUUGAUGGAGGUGAAACUUCACUGGCCUGCACUCACACUGCUCUACAUGCACCAUCACUUCAUCACACAGCGCUCUAUUCAUGCAAUCUCCACCGCUUGGUGGAAUAUUUCCAGCAAUCUCAUCACACAGAGAGGAUCUUUGACUAGCAGUUUUGCAGUAGGUCCUUAAAAACAGCAGAGCGCUCCUGUUACAUAUAGAGGAUCUUUGAUGAUGCAUUUUUUUUUUUUCAGUAGGUCCUUCAAACAAAAGGUGUUCGUGUCACAUGGAGGAUCUUUGAUUAGCGUUUUUAUAGUAGGCCCAUAAUAACAGCAGAGCACUGCUGGUAUAUAGAGGAUCUUUGGGUAGCGUUUUUGAAGUUGAUCCUUAAAAACAGCAGAGCGCUCCUGCUGUUAUAUAGAGGAUCUUUGAUUACCUUUAUUUUUCAGUAGGUCCUUCAAAACAAAGGGCGUUCCUGUCACAUGGAGGCUCUUUGAUUGGCGUUUUUGCAGUAGGUGCUUAAAAACAGCAGAGCACUCUUUUUAUACAGUAUAAAGGAUCUUUGACUCACGUUUUUGUAGUAGGUCCCUCAUAACAGCAGAGCGCUGCUGUCAUGUAAAGGAUCUUUGGUGUUUUUGUAGUAGAUCCUUUUAAAUACAGCAGAGCGCUGUUGUUAUGUAGAGGAUCUUUGACAAGUGUUUUUGCAGCAUGUUCAUAAAACAGCAAGGCGCUGCUGUUUUAUAGAGGAUCUCUGACUUGUGUUUUUGCAGUAGGUCCUUAAAAUCAGUGCUCCUGUUACAGAGAGGAUCUUUGACUCAGUUUUGCAGUAGGUUCUUGAAAACAACUGUGCUCCUGUCUAAAAGAGGAUCUUUGACUAGUUUUUAGUCAUUUUACGAUAAUUUACAUUUCCAGGAUCAUAAUUUCUCAGAUUUUUUCCCCCUGAAAAGUCUAAAAAUAGAGUGAAACUAUGUGCAUUAUUUUAAUUCAGGCAGCAUUUGAUGUUGUACUUGUGCUAAACAAACAAUAUGAAGGUGACUAUUUGAACAGAGUUGUCCCAAUAAAAGUGUUCUCUAUGUGCAGGCAGUCAGUUCCCUUAUUUGUGCUGCACAGAAGCCUUCUCAUAUUCACUUCCUUCUAAAGAAAACAGACCUGAAUACUUAAUGGCCGCAUGCAGCCAUGUUUUUUUUCAUAGAGUCCAGACAGACAGAAGUAAGACCUGGGCCACAUGAGGAGGAGGAGAUCCCUGAUGAUGACCAUAUAAAGCACCACUUGUCUCCACUGAUUACAAACACAACACUCUGUCUCCCUAAAGUGGACACAUACGCCGUGUGAGUUUAGCUGCUGGAGAAAAUAAGCCAUCAUUGUUUCCAACAGGCACAACUCCCCCCUUGCUCUUUUUUUUUCCACCCCCAUUCUGCAGGCUGUCCACACAGGAAACAUUAACCUCUUCCUGCAUUAGUUGGCCGCUAACACACGCCACCGCUGUUUGACCUGACCUGCACUAAGUCAUUGAGGGGAUUGGUGGGGGGAGGAAGGGACUCAGAGGUCGCAGGGAAGGUUGGUUUUUGGAUUUUACU